AUGGCGCGUAAAGGACAGGUCUCGAUACAGGACACGGUGGAAACGAACGAGGACUUUGAGGCAUAUUUGACUUCGCAUUUUAAUCAGUUAAUAUGUAUGGAGGUUUAUUCUGAGUUCUGUGGCUUUUGUCUCGCUACGGGAAACGCUAUAAGGAAGGGCAAAUUGGAAUUGGGGCAGGAUCGUAUCGCUAUGGUCAAGGCUCUAGCCGACAACAUUGAAGCUUUGUCGAGGUUUAAGGAUAAAAGCGAACCAGUUUUCCUGUUCAUCGUGAAAGGUAAGUUGACUCGUGCGAUGUUCGGAGCGAACGGUAUAGAGCUCUGCCGAAUCAUUGAUGAGGAGCUGGGACUGAUGCAGAGGGAGAUAGCAACAGGUGUAGAGAGAAGGAAGCAAGAUAUACAGGAAUUGCUGCCCGAAGAGGCUGCGAAAAUCAAAGCCGACCUAAAACUAGAGGAAGAUGCUCGCGAGAACACCGAAAGAUUACGAGUGCUGACCCUCGCUGCGAGAAAGAGACGGGUGAACGACCGUCUCGCUUCCCACAUACGGAGGCUAAACUUCAUCAUGUUCUGGCCACACUGUCACCAAGCCCACUACGACCUUUACGAGAAGUGGGAUAUGAUCAAUAUCCAAGUGGCGGCCAAAGAGACGUUCCACGUGACCGAGGAGGGUGCGAAGGAAGCCCUCUACAUGAGUGACGUGGCACCCAACGAGGCCUGCCUCCACGCCCUGAUGAGUGGGGAAACCCUAGUCGUGGUCUUCAAGAUGUUCGAUACGGAUAAUCGGGACUUCGUUAUCGGUAACUUCAAGACAAAAAGUAUCAGUCUCUAUGCACUAGAAUUGUUACGCCACGCCCUUUACGAAGAAAUCCCGAUCCCGAAGGAAGACGUUCCUCCAGAGAAGCAGAUUCCACCCAUACCGGCUUACGAAAGGUACGCGAGCAUCAGUAAGACUGCUCGUGAAGUGAGAAGAGAGAGAUAUGAAGCUCUUAUGCAAAAAUUGCGUGACGAAAAAGAGGAACGAGAAAGACUGGCAGCUGAGCAGGCUCGGCUGGCGAGAGAAGCAGAGGAAGAGAGACAGCGACUUGAGAAGCAGAGACUAAGAGGAGGAAAGAAUGGCCAGGAUUCAAGCUGGGCUGAUCCAGAACCUGAGGAAACUGGGGAAGAAGUUGAGGGAGAGGAAACGGAGAAAGUAGAAGACGAAGCAGAAGUAGGAGAAGAGGGUCUAGUGGUGGAGGAUGAAGAAGAGUUUCAUUCAGAUGUGUCAGUAGAUGGAGAAGAUUAUAUUCCCCCAGGGGGACUGUUUGUGCCAGGACUCUACUCCCCACCAAACGAUUUGGCUAAAGCAAAUGCUUUAGCUUACUUUUAUCCGAAGAUUGUGUCGGAGCAAGCGCCUAUCGAAUCGGAGCACCUCCCUCCGCACGUGCUAGUGAUGUUCGCCAUCGACAAGAGGCAGGACGUAAAGGAAGUUAUGGAGCAGUUCCCCGAUGAAAUAAUCAACUACGGAAUAUUUGUUGGCGAUGAUCCGUUCUCUGCAGAGCAUCUUGCCUACACAGUCAAACAGUAUGAUAAGAUGACGAGGUUGCGGAAACAUAAAGAUCGUCUAGCAGUAAUGGUGUCUCGUAAGCGCAGUCUGCCGUUGCUCCAACUGGCUGGUUUAAACCCGUGCUACAUCAGCUCCGAUGUGAGUUCUGGUGAACGAGAAUGCCUCUCCAUGUUCCCGGUGGGCUAUGGAGACGAUUACUUCGAAGAGGAGAGCGUUAAGGAGGAGGAGGAAGGGGAGGUGGUAGCUGUUACAGAGGUGGUCGAAACGGCCGAACCCGAUGUAGCCGAAGAGGCGAAAGGAGACGAGGAUGAUGAAGAUGAAGAGGACUAA